AUGCUUGGGUUACUUAGCGCAGAGUUUUGGAGUGAGUGUGCACGAUUGACAAAGACAGAUCUGUUCGAUCGAGUGAUGAUUUACCAAAAAAUAAUAAACAUGUUCAAACGUAAAUUGAUCGCAUUGGAUUAUGGGAAAGAUUAUAAUCCUCAAGACGAAAAUCAAUUUCGACAUAUGGUCGUCUGGCUUGAAGAUAUGAAAAUACGUCUGUAUCCUAUUGAUGAACGUCAAAAUCUCCGUGAUACUCAAACUCCUCAAUGGGAACAAGUUUUAUCUAAGUAUUUACAAGACUUGAAAUUUCCAUACAAUAAUGAAACGAUCAAGGAUCGCGUCGUCGUAAGCGAUUGGCUUAUUGGUUGUGCGAUUCGCUUUGAGUACGGUGACAACGUGGAUAAAUAUAAAACAGUGUCUUUGAAUGGUCAACAAAACAAUCAUACUUCAUCGAAUCCCAAUGAAAAUCCAUUGGAAAAAAUCGAUUUUGCAAGUGAAGAAUUUCGAAAUGGAAUGUUGAAACUAUGCGAACUAUUACAAAUUCCAACGAAAUCGAAUGAUACAACUGCUAUUCUCCGCGCUGUCAGCAAAGUGAUCACAACGAAAUUAUCUAAAGAGGCACUUGAGAAAAGUCAAAUAAAAGAGCAGGGUUCCGGAGUGGACUUCUCAAUCGAACAAAUGUCAUUGGGCUUCGACACGACUGAUAAAAUCAUCAACGAAGCUGCUAAGGUUCUUAGACUGCUAUACAUUCAAGAUUUACGAACAUUACAAACAAAAAUUAAUGAAACUAUUGUAAAUGUUCAAUCGUUCGUAGCUGACCCUCGCACUGAUAGUAAACUAGGAAAGAUUGGAUAUUAA